AUGGCUCGCAAUCGACCCAGCGCAAGAACCCGGCGCUCGCGGAGGAGAAGAAGAGAAAAACUUCAGAAGGCGUCUGCAAAUGAAGGAAAUGAACAAGCUGAAACCAUUUCUCAAGCUGUCACUCCUGAGGCCGCUUCGCCUACCGCCCAAGCUACCGUCGAUGCUCCAGCUUCUGGUGAGAAAGGCAAGCCAUGUGUGACCAAGGUUCGGCGUUGUAGGCAUCGUCAUCUUCCUGAUCGUCACUAUUACCAUCGUGAGGACAAAUAUGACCGUCGAUUUUAUGCCCUUGAUCGGCGUGUCAAUGAACGAGUUGAUGAUAAUGUCGCAAAGGGGCGCGCUGCCAUAAACGAAGAUUAUCAGCGCCACAGUGACAAUCUGCGUCGUGCCGAGGGAAAGUUGGCAAAGAAAGUAGAGCAGAUUCAGCACGCGUACGAGAGAGAUGUUCGGGAAAAGGACAGAAAGUUCGCUGGUCUCAAGCGGAAAGUCGAUCAGAUACAGGCAGAAAAUGAGGACCUUCGGGAAGAGAUCGCAAAUGAACGUCGCCGCACUCAACGCAUGAUGCUUGAGCUAUACGAGUCUUCAGAUUCCCAAGACACUGAUCAUUCAGACUAA